AUGCCCCUAGCCCCACUUAGCCUGCCAGUCAUCCGAAAUCACACAGAACUGGCGGCCGCGCUGAAUAGGCUUUGGUUCGGUGAAUGCCUGGGCCAGAGGGGCGGCUGCUUUCCGGGACCUUCAGCUGUGACAGUGCCAGGGGCGAGCGCCACCCACAGCGGACUCGCUUUUUACUGGAGAAAGUGCCAGGACUACCGGGGCGGCUGGCUGGUGGGCGACCUCUGCGAGGACCUGUGCGUGGCUGGGGAGCUGCUGUACCAGCGCUGCCUGUACUACGAGCGUGGCAAGAAGGUGCUGCAGGCCCAGUGGCGGGGGAGGCCCGUGGUGCUCAAGUCCAAGAGGGAGGCCUUCUCCAGCUUCCCGCCGCUGGGCCUGCUGCAGGAGGAGGAGGCUGGGCAGAGGGGCCAGGGGGUCCCAGAGGCGGAGCUCCUCCUAGUGCUGGCCGGGGAAGUCAAGAACGCCCUGGGCCUGGAGCUGCCCAACAGCAGCAUGGGGCCCCUGUGGCCUGGCCGCUGGGGUCCAGGCUGGCGGCGGCAGCUGGCCAGCGCGUGGUCCCUGCUCCAGCAGGAGGAGUACGUGCACCUCAGCCUGCUGCAGGGCCUGAGUCGCCAUGUCCUGCCUGUGCUGGGCUCCUGUGGCCACUUCUACGCGGUGGAGUACCUGCCCGCUGGCAGCCCCCAGCACAGCGCUCUCUUCCCUCUGGGCCAGGCUGCUCCCCGGGGCGGCCAGGUGCAGGCCAUCAGCCACAUCGCGCUCAGCUUCCUGGACAUGGUGAGCCAUUUCGACCAUGACUUCUCCCACCGUCUUCACCUCUGUGAUGUCAAGCCGGAAAACUUUGCCAUCAGGAGUGACUUCACAGUCGUGGCUAUUGAUGUGGACAUGGCCUUUUUUGAACCUAAAAUGAGGGAGAUUCUUGAGCAGAAUUGCACAGGAGAUGAAGACUGCAAUUUCUUUGACUGUUUUUCAAAAUGUGAUUUGCAUGUGAACAAAUGUGGAGCUCAACGUGUCAACAGCAACCUGCAGGUAAUCUGUGACAAAAUAUUUCGCCACUGGUUCCCCUCAACUCUCAAGAGUUCUGCUGUCUCCUUCCGGCUCCGGCGGCAAUUACAGCAGGCUGUACAGGAAUGCACGGACCCAGAAGUCUCCACUGGGAACUGGAGAGCAGCCCCCAGCGUGUUCUGGAAGCUUCGCAGGCUCCUUCAAGCCCUGCUGAAGGAGCUGCAGGAGGCAGAGAAGUAGACACUCAGGCCUUCAGCAUGCGCAGGGCAGAGAAGUGACCUGGAGUGACUUCUUGUGCAGUUGCUCUAAUGAUGAGACAUGUUCACUAUGCAAAUGGAUUGUCUCUAAGGUACCGUGAAGUCUGACUGUGCAGUUGCCGGUGCUGUUGAGUUUCACUUCAGGUGCUGGGACAAGUGUCUCCAUGCUCCACCCCAGCUUGAUGAUUUUUGUUGGUCCUGACCCCUCUGUCACACCCUGAAACGACAGAGGGGCACAGGGCAUUUUCCUUUGGGGGAACUCUCAGAAAACCCAAGCCCCAUGUGUAACAUUCUGUAGAAAGCAUUGUGUCCAGUCAUCAGAGAAAGAAAGAUCUGAGUGCUCUUCCCUUUAAACCAUUACCACAAGUGUGUGCACACAGGUGAGUGUGCAAGUGAGCAUGGGUGUGCACAGGUGUGUGGACAUAUAUGUAAUACCAGCAUGUGCUCAUGUGUCCAUGAAGAGCAGUAUGAAUUUGUGUACACGUGACUGUGUGCAGGCAAGCAUGUUAAUGUGUGUGUGUGUUUGCAUCUGUGUGUGUGUGAGUGUGCAUGGCUGUGCACAGGUGACUGCUCUGUGUGGAGUUUGAGUAUGCCUCUGUGUGCACACAUGAAUAUGAGUGUGCACCUGCACCAGUGUUCAUCUACAGGUGUGAGCGUGUGCACCCGAGGGAGUCUGUGUGUGUGAACAUGUGCACAUGAAUGGGUGUGACCGCAGGCACAAGUGCAUGCAUGAAUGUGCAUGUGCGUGUCAGCAGAGGAGUGUGAGCAGGUGGACAUGUGGGCGUGGGGGGCUGGUUUCUCCAGCCUGUCCUCUGGGGAAGUUUUCCUAGAAGCAGGGAGUUUGCUGAACACAGUGUUGUCUUGUCACCUGAGAGAAUUUAAGUGGCCCAGGUGCUGGGGUGGGCACUGACUGUGUGUGGGGGGAGACCCGCUCCUCCUGUGACUGAGGGGACCUCGCCACAGGCACCAGAGCCUUCUUUGGUGGGAUGUGCUCUUCCGAGUGGCGCUUUCCUGCAGCGGACAGAAGCCACAGGAAGCAGACCGCUCCGCUUGCUUCCUGGGAGGGUGAAAGCCACGGGGAGCCACAGGGACUGCACUUCCACUCUGAGCUGGGACCUGCGCGUCCCCACCAGAAUCACGCGUCACGUGGAAGCGGAGUAGAGAAAGACGCGGCCCAGAAGGCAUGAGGAGGGGAUGUCGGGGUUUACAAAGGAAAAGGACAAAAUCUGAAGUUUCAAAAAUGCGUAAAUUGGAAAAUUUCCAACAAUCUCUCUGUUCCUGACCCCAGCCCCUCCCUGAUCUGCACGAGGGAGCCUGCCUUCUCCAGGUCCUCUGGGGCGCGUCUCUCUGUGUACCUCGUCGGCACCAGCUCACUCUGAGAUGUCACACAGGGAACCGGGAUCUCGGAAGCCCCACCAGCCCUGGAUUCUGAGGUCCUGGAGACUCAUGUGGAGGCCACAGUGACCUGUGCUUCCCACCCCCACCCUCCCGCAGUGUAUGGGAUGAUGCCAGCUGUCACACAGGAGGACAGCCCCCGUCCUGUGCCCGAGGACCCACUUGGCACUUCUUGUCAGCAGCAUCCGUCUCUCUUGUGGCAGAAGUGCGCUGAGACCCAAGUUGGCAGACUCUCACAGGCUGGGCCUGGUGCUGGUGAGACCCCUGCCCCUGCCCUGUUCCCGCUGCUUCUCUGCUGGGCAGGUUUUCACCUGGGAAGGGACCCAGGAGGGCAGGUCAAGAUGCGGGGAGGCAGGAGGGAAAGUCAGUUUUCAUUUCAACCAAAAUGGAAAUGAAUGCUUUUGUUUGCCCUGGAGACUGUGCAGGGUUGAUUACCCAACACAACCGUGGUUUUCUUGCUGCAAGGGGCCAUUUUAUCUCCUUCCUCUGAGGAUGGCUACCUGAUUACAUGCACUUUCCCUCCCUGCCUGGAGAAUUCCGUGUGGGACAGUGGCUCUUACACAAUCCAGGCCGAAGUUCAGGCUUGUUUUGAUUUUUUAUAUAAUACAAUAAAAACACUGUGUAUCAGUACUUAA